UACAGUUUUCUUUCAUGCUGUACAAAAAAUCACCUUCCAUCCCUCAGUUAAUUUUUUUAAUUGCUGGCAGUCUGUGUUUUGCUUUGACCAUUGCUGGGAAAUGUAAGGCUGGGAAGAAGAGCUGAGCAGCUGGGGAGGAUUUGUUCUGGAGAAGAGAGGACACCAGCCUGGUGUGUCUGGUGUGGAACUGUGAGUGCUGUGCAGGACGAGGGGGUGAUGCAUGGGAGCUAUGCCAGGCUGAAGCUGGCUCAUCACUGCCUCACAGGCAGCAGGUCUGGGGUCAGCAGGCAAAUAUCUGCCAUCCAGAGCUGCUGUCCUGCUUUAAUGAGCUGUUCCAUGAACAGGCAACCCAGGUGUGCAGUGAGCACAGCACAAAUAACUAAAAAAUAACAGUAAAAAUGGAAAUAGCAAGCUCCUUCCCUUUGUGGGCAGAUGGAGCUGCCUUGGCUGUGACUGCUGCUCUGCACGGUGCCAGGGGAAGCAGUGACAGAGCCCUGUGCUCACUGUGGCUACAGAUGGGCCCAGCAGUGAGGGGUUGCUGGGUGAACAUGAAAGCUGAAAGGUCUCAGCUGAAACGUUCUCUAAAACCACAGUGGAACUCCCCUUUCCCUGCCCCAGCACUGGAAACCCUGCAGAGAAAAUGCUCCACUGUGUUUCCAAGGCUGCUCCUGCUUUCUCACUGCAUCGUGCUGGAUGACCCUUAAAAAGGACACACAUACACACGUAAUUAAAGCCACCCCCACCCCAGGGCCAGAGCUGUGUUUGGAAACUGCUGUUCCCUGGCGCAGAGGCUCUUUUUUCCAUCCCAGCCAGGCUCCGCAUGCCGCAGUGGCCAAGGAGAAAGAGCUCUCUCAGACCUAGUGAGGGGAAAUGUAUCUUCCAGUAUCUUUAGCAAGUGCUUUUAAAAUCCCUGGUUUGUAAAGGAACAGACUUUUUUUAUUACUGUUUCUUCUCCAGUGAUCCCACCCGAGCCCCUGAGCAUGCAGCCUGUUGGAGCAAGUUUCUCCCUUUGGGCAGUCCAAGGUACCCAAGCCAUGCCUGAAUGUCGUCCUUGGAAGGGGAGUGGAGCAAGCUGGCAGCUCCUCUGCUCCUGGGAGCUUCUCACUGCAGACAGACCCACACGGGGGGCUCGGAGCUCUGCAGCACCUGGCUUCCCAAAGCACAGCCCCACCCUGGAGAGCCUUGAGGGAGCGAUGCAGGUCAACCUGCCAGGGUGGCCUCACAGCCUCGAAACAAAUGAGGGCUUUGUUCCAAGAACUCCCCAUCAGAGGCUGAAAUCCCCUCUGAGGCAGCAGUCUGCCACGAGGAUGUUGCCUGCGUGGCAGGAGCAGGGUCUGCCAGUGCCUGCCAGCACCAAGGGAGCCCUGGCUCUGUCUCUGGCCGGCACAUUGGAGUGAUGAAUCUGUCUCCACUCGCCAGUGUGGGGCACGGGCAUGCUGCAGCACAGCGGGCUCCUCUCACAGCCUGCCAACAUCCCAAGAGCCACGAGCACUUGGCAAACAGUCCCUCUUUUCUGAAGAAGUAUGCUAUGAUGGGGAAUUCACUGCUGUCUGAAAUAUUUUUCCUUUAGAGACAACCAGGAGAUAUUUGCCAAGCCAUUCUGUGGAGAGGAGGAGGGAAGGCAGGACAUGGCUGGAAGGAGCCACACCUGAGGCAGUUAGCACAGCAUUCUUUGGGAUUCUGCUCUUGUUGUGAGGUGCAGGUCAGCUCCAUGAGGCUGCCACCAAAACCAUUUCUUCUUAACUCAGGCUGGGCCCUGUUGUGCUGUUGGCAACCUAUGCUGGCCCUUCACUCCUCAAUCUCACUUUCUCCAAACUCCUGAGUUAUUGAUGUGGCAGAGAGGCUAAUCUGUUGGGAGGUGUGGUAUUGUGUAUGAAUAAAUUAUGGCUCCAGGAGGACAAUGGAGUGUGAGCAUCUCUGCUGUUACUUGGAAAGAAAUGAGGAGAUCAGGGCAUUUGCCUUGGGCAGGCUGAUGAGCAUGUGUGCUGCCUCUCCUGUAUGGGGUUCAGAGCUACAUUAAACCCUGAAAACAACAAACUGCAGCCCCUUGAGACAAACGUGACGUCUGUAGGUUGGUCAUCCUCAGGUGGGGGUGACCCAGCCAGCCCAGACAUCCUCCCCACUUACUGUACAGCAAGGGAAAAUAGGGAUUUGGAAAAGGUUGAGCUACUUGUGGAAGCUCUGAGGUUGUUUAAUGUUUAUGAGGCCAUGUGUCCUCUUGCAGGGCUUGUGGAACAGUGAUGGUGGCAUCGGCCUGGCCAAACUGAAGGUGCUGCUGCCAUGUUCAAAUUUGUAUGUUCAAUGGUAUUUAAUAAAAUGUUAAUAUCAGGCUGGUUUUUUAUCCUGCUCCUGGAUUAACACUUGCCAAGAGUUGAGGCAUGACUAUGUGUGACACUGUGUAAAUGAUUAAACCCUGUCCUGCCCUGCUGAAUCUGUGCAGCCCCAGCUGCCUGCUCCAGAGUGUUUGCGAUUUCUUCACCAUUUCAUAGCCUUUCAUUCAUCCUAAAUGUUUGUUUAAUAAUCCUGGAAGACCUUUUAAGCUUCCUGGGUUUAAUGUUUGCUAAACACCCUGUCACUCCCCCUUGCAUUGGUAACUGCAGCCCCUGUGCUCUGUGGGAGAGGAGAGCUCAGUGCUAACACAGAUCUCAGGAGGCAGUGCUGCCCAGGCAGGGUGGCUGGGGCUCAUCAGCUGCAUCAUCUCGCCUUUGCUCUUCCUCAGGCCCCGUGUUCUCCACGGGCCCUGCCAGUAUUAGUUUCACAAAUUGAUUUUCCUGCACAAAAGCUUUUGGUUACUUUGGGAUUAGGGACUCUUUAGAGUUCAUUGUUUUCCCGAGCUGCCCUGUUUUGCUGUAAUGCUGAGACGCCUGGGCUGCAGGAACCUAAUCCCCCUCCUCCUCCAGCAGCCCUGCUCUGUGAAAAUCUGUUCUCUGCUUAAGUGCAAAUUGUUGAUGGGAGAUAGCAGCGGGUCUUUCUGCUUCCAUUUAACGUGUCAGCAGAGAAAGACAUCUGCUUGCAAUUAUGGGCAUGGCCUUGCUGAAGGAUUGGCCUGGUAGAUUUUAUAAGGUAAUAGGAAAUCUUUAUCAAUUCAUAAUUCUUGGUGUCAAAGAAAGGAAUAUGUUUCAUUUAAAAUUUUCAUCUUUUAUUUUACAAAAUCAUAGGGUAAAACAUGAGAUUGAUAUCAAGGGAAGAAUCCAUGUGCUCUCUGUGAAGAGUGAGUCCCAUGCAGAAGUGAGAUUUCCCAUGCAGAAGGCUCUGAGCAGCAUGAUCUUAAACAGGAGAAUUGUCCCCAGUGAAGUGUCCAAAGCAUUGGAGUCUCUUGGAUGGGGCAAGUGGCUGCAGAAGAGCUGCUGUGUGCUGGCACAUCCUGAGCUAGUGGGGAGUCCCUAUGGCUGCAGAAAUAGCAUGUCCAGCACAUUCCCAGUGCCUGUGGGAAUAGCCCUGGGUCCAAACCCCUCUGUCCUCACUUUCUCCCACCCCAGAAUAACCAGUGCUGUUGGCAGUGCCUGGACCAGAGGCACUCAGCAUUGGAGGUGCUCCCACCCUGCCUGUGUGAGCCCAGGGAGCUCAGCUUGGGGGCCUGGGGAAACACUGGGACAGGUCUGUGGUCACAGGAAGGGCUGCCCAGUGGGCUGGAGGAGGUUCCCCUGCACCCUGCUCCUUCCAGCAGGGUGGGAGCCUCCUGCCUGGAGCAUGGAGAGGGGCUGCUCCCUACCCCAACCUCUCCAUUUGCCCCUGGAGCUGCUCCUGGCAGGACACACGAGGCUGAUCUUGAUUGUGCUCAGCCCCAUUUGUCAGCCUACUGAGUCUGCUGUAAUUUCCUCUGUGAUUAAGGGUCUUAGAGCAUUUUCAGUAUCAUUAAAGAAACAAGAAAAUAAUAAUAAUAAUAAUAAUGAUCUGUGCUCAGGAAUGCUCCCAAGAGUAGCUGGAAUUGCAUUCAGUGCCUUUUAGCUAAGAAAGCUCCUUAUGCUUCAGCCUUGGCAGAUUCACAGGGGCAGCACCCUUGGCUCUGGGAACUUUGAGUGCUCUCUUGUCCAUCAGCACCAAUUCCUGUUACCUGCUGUACACUUCUGUGCUUGGAUGUGGAGCUUCACCUCUGGGGAAGGGUUGAGAAGUGUGUCAUGCUGCAGAGACAGACAUCUCCAAUGAGUGGUAGACAGAUGUAGAUGCCUGUUGUCCAGAGGGGCUGUGAGGUCCAGGGUUCUCGCAGUUGGUCUCCUUGAUAUGGAGAUGCCCUCCCUUGUCACAAGGUCACUAAGAUUUGGCAUUGCUCUGCUACCACAUCUGGUCUGCUCUGGGGACAGGAAACCUGUCCUGGGCUCCUGGUGCUGCCCGUACACGUGUGUGUGAAGUGUGCACAAUGCUGCUGCCAGCCCCUGACCAUUCCCCAGCCCAGGGAAAUCCAGAGAAGCAGCAUGGGAUUCAGACAGACUGCAGAACAAAACAAAGAAAUGAGAAGGGUGGAGAAAAUUCUGGGCUAAUUUCUAAAAUGCCAUUCAUUUCUGGGGGCAGCUUGAAUGGCCAAAUCUUUGUUAAGGCAAGGACAAAACACAUGGCCAGGGAUGCAGUGUCCAGGGCCAUGUCCCACAGCAGGACAGCAGCUGCUCCCUUUGGGCUUCUGUUUGUGCAGCCCUGGGCCCAGCUGUGUGUGCCAGGGGCUGCUGGCUACCCAGCCUGAGGACGUGUUUGUUCCUUGCAGGGGAGAGACACACUGGUUUAAUUUUAAACUCCCACAUGUUUGUUGUGUUACCAACAUUUCUUCUUACUGAAGUGAAUUCAAACUAUUCAUCUUUAAGUUCUCAGACAUGAGACAUGGGGAGGUUUGUUUCUCUGCAGCUCCCAGCUAAGCCCCAGCCUGGUGGGAUGUGCUGUGGCAUCCCAUGGAGGGCAGACCACCUGCCCUGGUGUAUCUGCAGGGUCUCCAGCUGCAGGUACCCCUGGUGUGUGGUGGGUGUCUCGUGGUGCCCACGGCCAUCUCCAUUUGGGUGCACAUUCUGAUGGGCUGGCUCUUGCCUCUGCAGCCCCUCAGUGGAGAAGAGACAGCCAGCCAUGCCCCCGGUGCUCCCCUGGUGUGCAGCUCCCCAAAUACCCCCUGGCUGGGGACCAGGCUGUUAGUGUGGACCUGCAGCUUGGAGCUUGGCUUGCGAGGUGCUCCCAGACCACAGGGUUUUCCCUUUGUCCAUCAGCUGCCCUCCAGCAGCACCAGGAGUGGGGGAGAAGCCCUGUGGGAUGGCACUCGUGUGUUGCUGGUAGUCCCUUGUCACCUGCAGCACUGCUCUGGUGGGAAUUCACCCAUCUCGGUCAGAGAGUGGGAAAAUGUCCCAAGAGCUCUGGGCUUUGCAUCUUAUUGCAGUUCUGGGGAUGCUGCUGGUCAUAAAGGCACAGGAGAACCUUUCAGAGCCCCCUGGGGUGCUCUGGGCUCCCUGUACCCUGGGCUGGCAGCCCCACCUGAGGUCUGCAGGUGAUGCACCCAGGGAAGAUGCAGGCUGGUGGGCUUGCUAGCCACCUCCUGCUGAUUUGCAGCAUUAGACUAUGCGGGAUUUGGUUUGAUUUCUUCCCCUCUCCCCAUUUUUUUAGUAGCUGACAGUUGUUACCAGCAUGAGGUACUAACUUCUUAUUUUGAACGCAUGAGUUCAGGCUCGUUAAUCACUACCAAAUGUCCCUGUCUAAGGGCAAUACUGUUUCAGCUUUCAGCCACUAAUUUUUUGAAAUCUCUGAAAUAAGACUCUGCUCUUGAACAUGUGCUGGAGAGUUGUUCCUUUCCACUGUAUUUCAGAAAUAUACAUGUGGUUUAAUUCAACAAGAGGGCUAGAGGGGAUGUUUUUCCUCCUGAUUUUCCCUCCUCUUUUUCUUUAGAGCUAUGUCUGCCAAACCUCCCAGCUCUGUGCCAGCAGCAGGCCCUGGAUGAUCCCAAGUGCAGCUGGGGGCUAAGAAGUGCCUUUCUGGGCAAUCCCAGUGCCCUGCAAUGCAGACUGAGAUUGUCAGGGGUCAAGGACAGCUGCCACAGGCUGGGCCACACGUAGCAGACACGAGGAGCGGGGUUUGCUUCCAGCAGCUGUGAGGCACGGGCUGCUGGACAGCCCUGGACUCAGCUCCCUCAUGCCUGAAGCAAGGAGGGCUCUGCUUCUUUUGUCAUCUGCUGGAUAAGACAAAGCCCAGCUGUGAUGGGGAUUCAGGCUGCUGGGCUUGGAAAUUCAGUGAGUGCUGCAAAACCAUAGGAAAAGCAGCAGUGAGCACUCAUGGCUCCAGCUGACACUGAAAAUCUGGGGAUAUAUUAAAACAAUGGGAUAUGAGUAGUCAAAAAUAUGAACUGCAGGAAGGAGUCCUGCCAGGCUUAAAGCCCUCAAGGAACUUGGUUGUGUCUUGGGCUCAGGGAUCCCAAGGAAACAUUAAUUUCUGUGACUAAACUGGCUUUUAUGUGUCCUGGUUUUGGUAGGACUCUUGAAGAUAUUCGGGUGCUCCACAGGGUCUGGCACUUACAGGAGCUGCUGCAAACCCAGACAUCAGUCAGGGAACUCUGGCUUCAGGGACAAGGAAAUAUUUUUAAAUUAUUUCCACUUGAUUUGUAAAGAAGAAAAGUGGUGGGGAAGGGAGGCAGGGAAAAGCUGUUGGGGCAGUAUCCAGCAGGAGCAGACCAAGGAGGCUGAGCCCUGGUGGGGACUGAGUUGGGCUGUGUUUCACCUGGGCACUGCUCUGGCUCCUUCCUGGCCAGCAUGGCCACAGACAUCAGAGCUGUGUCCCUGUGCCAGGGCAUGUCCUGUGCACUCCUCACUUUGCAGCAAAGCUGAGGCCACCACGGUGGCAGGGCUGAGCCAGGUCUCCUGCCCCUCCACCCACAGUCUGAACCACAAAGCUCUCUUGCCUUUGCUGGGGCAUUGCUGCUGAUGGAAACCCUCUUCUGUCUCCAGCUCUUGUAAGCUUUUGAGCUUGCUGAGGCUGUUAUGUCCUGUGGUUUUGUUGAUAUUAUAAAUAGAUGUUGUAUCUGAACAUGAAAGAAUUUGUGCUGACCAAGGGUUGUUCUUAUUAGAUGUGAUGAAUGAGGAGGGGAUAGUUCCUGUCAGGCCCAGUCCCUUAUGUCGUGGUGUCCCCUGCUGGCUCUCAUACCCCACAGUCUCCCUGCAGGUGCUGGGAUGCUCCCUGAGCAAUCAGCCCUGUGGCAGCUCUUCCAUCAGGAGGAUGGAUGCUUGGCUUUGUGUACAUGGCAUUUCUGGGUUGGGACAAAGAUGCAGAGAGAGAGAGAUUCCAUUUAAGGGCUGGAGUGUCAAUGGAGACUCCAGCAGAGCAGAAAGGAGCUUUGAGCAAGAGCUUUAUGCUGUUCCUCUCCUGAAGAGAUCCAGGAGCCGGAGCUCACAGCUCCCCGCUGGCUG